AUGGCAGGGUUGGCCAAAACGUACUAUGAUGCCAAGUUGCUGCCUGAUGCCAUAGUGUUCCGCCAAUUUGUCCAAGGGUUCAAUAAAGAGCACGCCCUGUGCCAUUUUACCGAUGCAGGAGAUGACAAGGAGGCAGCGGACAACAAGGUGAAAGCGGAGAUGGCGUUGUUCUAUGAUAACGUGCACUGCAAGCACAUCAUGUUAGCUGCUUCCGGCGAUAACAGCUACGCAGGCUUUCUGCGACAAUAUACCCUCACGGAUCAAGUCUCUUCUCGGGUCGUGCUAAUCGAAUCGAUCCCUUUCGCGAAUCAACUCGAUGUGCUCGCAAUUAAGUUCGAGAAGACGCACCUCCAGGGUCUUUUCCGGGACCAUAAGAUAGAGAAGAAAGCAUUGUUGUUCCACGAAGAAAGGCCCGGUCCACUAGGGGAUACGCCACCUGCAACUUACGCGUCCACCGUGAAGCAGCCGAACGGAUGGCAGGAGAAACAAGCGCCUGUCUUACCGAAGUCACCACUCAUAGACGGCGGGCAAGUCGAAGCAGGGCGGAGGAUCUACCAGAACAACAAAGGUCAGAGAGUCGACCAGCCGAUCAAAGCGGACAAGGCCACCACCUACAGGUUGAAACCACUGAAGCUCUGCAACCGUCACUUCCUGACCAAAUGCUAUCAUAACCCUUGUGGCCACAACCACGAAGGCAAGUUGACUUCGGUCGAGAUCGACGCUCUUCGCUUCAUUGCACGUCUGAGCCCUUGCCAAACGUUAUAUUGUGAAGACCCCGACUGUGUUUCCGGGCAUCGAUGUAUGCAGGGAGCGAACUGUGACAAAGGCUCCAGAUGUUGGUUUGGUGACGAGAUGCACAGGGUCGAUACCAAAAUAACUGGCUUCAUUACUGUCUGA